UCGUUACGUCACCGAGGCCCGGCUCGGACGCCACCGGCGGGAGUUUUUCAAAAUGGGAGCCCAGAGGCACCGCCCAGGCCUCGGAAGGUGUCGGGGAGACCUUUCGGUGGCGUUGGUGUCGUCGCCGGGAGCGGCGGCCUAGAGAGCGGAGCCUGAUGGGCGUCAAGACCUGCUGUUUGCUGGGGAGCGCUACCUCGAAGGCACUGCGCGGAGGGCCGAGCCCGGGCAGCCCCGGCCUAGGCCUGGGAAGAUGGCGACCUGCAUCGGGGAGAAGAUCGAGGACUUCAAGGUUGGAAAUCUGCUGGGUAAAGGAUCGUUUGCUGGCGUCUACAGAGCUGAGUCCAUUCACACUGGUUUGGAAGUUGCCAUCAAAAUGCUUUAUAACUAUUUCGAAGAUAACAAUUAUGUGUACCUGGUAUUAGAAAUGUGCCAUAAUGGAGAAAUGAACAGGUAUCUAAAGAACAGAAUGAAACCUUUCUCAGAAAGUGAAGCGCGACAGUUCAUGCACCAGAUCAUCACAGGAAUGUUGUAUCUGCAUUCUCAUGGCAUACUACACCGGGACCUUACGCUUUCUAACCUCUUACUCACUCGUAAUAUGAACAUCAAGAUUGCUGAUUUUGGGUUGGCAACUCAGUUGAAAAUGCCACACGAAAAGCACUAUACACUGUGUGGAACUCCUAAUUACAUUUCACCAGAAAUUGCAACUCGAAGUGCUCAUGGACUUGAAUCUGAUGUUUGGUCCUUGGGCUGUAUGUUUUAUACAUUACUUAUUGGGAGACCACCUUUUGAUACUGACACAGUCAAGAACACAUUAAAUAAAGUAGUAUUGGCAGAUUAUGAAAUGCCAACUUUUUUGUCAAGAGAGGCCAAGGACCUUAUUCACCAAUUACUUCGUAGAAAUCCAGCAGAUCGUUUAAAUCUGUCUUCAGUAUUGGACCAUCCUUUUAUGUCACAAAAUUCAGCAAAAAGUAAAGAUUUAGGAACUGUAGAAGACUCAAUUGAUAGUGGCCAUGCCACAAUUUCUACUGCAGUCACAGCUUCUUCAAGUUCCAGUGUGAGUGGGAGUUUAUUUGACCGAAGAAGACUUUUGAUUGGUCAGCCACUCCCAAAUAAAAUGACUGUAUUUCCAAAGAAUAAAAAUACAAGUGACUUUUGUUCAGGCGAUGGAAGCAGUCUGUGUCCUCAGUGGGGAGAUCAAGAACAAGAAACCAGUCAUAGUGGAAGGGGAAGAGUAAUCGAAGGUGCAGAAGAAAGGCCCCAUUCUCGAUACCUUCGUAGGGCCCAUUCCUCAGACCGAUCCAGCGCUUCUGCUAGUCAGUCUCGAAUGAAGACAUACUCAAUGGAGCGAUGUCACUCAGCAGAGAUGCUUUCAAAGCCCAAAAUACCAGGAGUUGAGAAGAAAGAAAGAUGCUCACACACAAGCAGCAAUGCCGAUGUUUUUCACUUCUUUAAAGAAAAGACAUCCAGUAAUUCUGGAUCUUUUGAAAGAGCUGACAACAGUCAAACAGUCUCCAAUCAUCUUUGUGUAGGAAAAACUCCUUUUCCCUUUUCAGAGCAGGCACCACAAAUGGAAAUGGUACAGCACUGGUUCGGGAAUCUACAAGUGAAUGCUCAUUUAAGAGAAACUGAGCACAGCAGAGAUUUCCACGGCUAUCCAGAUUUGCCAAAGGAUGCAUCAAGAAAUGCUUGGGCUGAUUCAAGAGCCAAAAAGAGCGCUAAUACUUCUGAAAAUACACACCCUGUGAAACAGAUGGGUUCUGUGAAACACAUAGCUGGACUCCACAGUAAACAUGAGAUGAUACAGCAGGAACUGAUAUUUGGCUUAGAUCCUCUUUCUGAACAAAGCAAGACUCGGGUUCUGGAGUCAGCAUUGGGUAAUCAGAAGCGCACAUUACGAAGCAUUACAGCUCCUUUGGUUGCUCACAGGUUAAAACCAAUCAGACAGAAAACCAAAAAGGCAGUGGUGAGCAUACUUGAUUCGGAGGAGGUGUGUGUGGAGCUCCUAAAAGAGUGUACCUCUGAAGAGUAUGUGAAGGAAGUUCUUCAAAUAUCUAGUGAUGGAAAUAUGAUCACUAUUUAUUAUCCAAAUGAUGGAAGAGGCUUUCCUCUUACUGAUAGACCACCAGCACCUACUGAUAACUUCAGCAGGUACAGCUUUGACAGUUUACCAGAAAAAUACUGGCGAAAAUAUCAAUAUGCUUCCAGAUUUGUACAACUUGUAAGAUCUAAAUCUCCCAAAAUCACUUAUUUUACAAGAUAUGCUAAAUGUAUUUUGAUGGAGAAUUCUCCUGGAGCAGAUUUCGAGGUUUGGUUUUAUGAUGGAGCAAAAAUACAUAAAACAGAAGAUUUAAUUCAAGUGAUAGAAAAGACUGGAAAAUCUUACACUUUAAAAAAUGAAAAUGAAGUUACUAGUUUGAAAGAUGAAAUAAGAAUGUAUAUGGACCAUGCUAAUGAGGGUCAUCGUAUUUGUUUAGCGCUGGAAUCUGUAAUUUCAGAAGAGGAAAAGAAAAGUAGAAGUACUUCCUUUUUCCCAAUAAUUGUAGGAAGAAAACCUAGUAGUACUGCUUCACCCAAGGCCUUAUCACCUCCUCCUCCUGUGGAUGCAGACUGCUCAAUGAGAGGCAGACCAUCUUUGGAUAAAUUGAUCACAGACUGUGCUGCUUCUCCAACACAGGCACAAAUACUUAAUCCCUCUUUAGUUGGAACUGAAGGACUUGGCCAUACAGUUUCAGAAACAGCCAUGUCUUCCAGUAGUCUAAAAGAUUGUCUACCUAAAUCAGCACAACUUUUGAAAUCUGUUUUUGUGAAGAAUGUUGGUUGGGCUACACAGUUAACUAGUGGAGCUGUGUGGGUUCAGUUUAAUGAUGGGUCACAGUUGGUUGUUCAAGCAGGAGUAUCUUCUAUCAGUUAUACAUCACCAAAUGGUCAAACAACUAGGUAUGGAGAAAAUGAGAAAUUACCAGAAUACAUUAAACAGAAAUUGCAGUGUCUUUCUUCCAUCCUUUUGAUGUUUUCUAACCCUGUUCCUAAUUUUCAUUGAUUAAAAACUUCUUCCAGAUAUCUAUGUUUAAUAAAUAACUUUUUGGUUGGCUUUCAAGUAAAGUGACUUUUUUUAAGUUUAAUAUGAUUAUUUCAGAAAGCCUUUCUACUAAACAGACUAUUCACCUGUAUCUUAGAGGAUAUAUGCUGAGAGAACAAAGUAAAAUGAAAUUUAAGUCCGCUACCAAAUGUAGUGGUCAGAAAGUAAGAUAGGACAUCCACCUUUGUUCCAAGGACUGACUGUAUUCUUGUACAUGUAUUUAACAUUUUCUAAAGCAAAAAAUAUGUUGUGUGGUGUGUUUGUGCCUUUUUUUUUGUUUUCCCUACUUCUCAGACAUGUUGAGAAUCAUGGACAAAACAUGCUGUCAUCUCAGAACUUUUGAACAUGUAAAUAAUGUAUAUUUGUUAUAAGUAACAUGUAAACAUGUAUAUUUGUUCUAUAUUUAUUUUUGUAGCACCAGUGUCUGAUGACACAUUUCUGCAAAUGCAUUUUAUAAAAAAAUAAAUGCAGUGAUAAGUUACUUCAUCUUUGAUGUAUUUAAUUAAGUACUUACAAAAGUUACUGUGAAGUAAUUCUUAAAUUUUGUUGCUUGUUGAGAAG